ACAGUGUCCCGCCGGCGCCAUUUUACUGGAGGGCAGGAGAGGAGGAAGAGAGCAAAGAACACCUGUCAUUUUGUGCUGCUGCUCUCUUAUUUCACCCCCGUCGCCGGCCGCACCUCGCCAAACUCUCCAUGGUACAUCCAGGCACCCUAAACCCCUAGUAUGGCGUGCCUGAACACCCUCAAGCAGGAAAUAAGAGUGUUGGAGAGCGCCUUCCCCAAAACGAAUGACCUCUUCCAAGUGGUGUCAGCGAGUGUGGACGAAUUGACGUGUCGAUUCAUCUCCAAAACGGGCAAGAAAUACGACAUCCACGCCAACAUCACCGAGACAUACCCACAUUCUCCUCCAGUCUGGUUCGCUGAGACAGAGGACACCAAUGUAACCAACGCCAUUGAGAGACUUAGUAACACGGUCGGCAAGGAUAACCAUGUGCUACAACAGGUGAAGUUGCUACUGCGAGAGCUGACCACGGCCUUCUCCAUGGAGGAGCCGCCCGACCUUGACGAUCGGCUUGACCUCGUCUCCGUGCCUCAGGUCAUCAACGGUCACGAUGUCACCGACCAUCACGAGGAAUACGAGGACUCAGAGAUGGAGGAGGAGGAGGAGGACAUGGAGGAAGACAUUCACUUGGAGAUGGAGGACAACACAUCGUCACACGCCGCGCAGAAGGACGAAGACAUCCACCCCAGCCACAUGGCCACUCUCGACCGACUCAAGGCCAACCAGCGCCAGGACUACCUCCGGGGCUCCAUCUCCGGCUCCGUGCAGGCCACCGACAGGCUCAUGAAGGAACUGAGGGACAUAUACCGAUCAGACAGCUUCAAGAAGGGCGUGUACAGUGUGGAGCUGGUGAACGACAGUCUUUACGAGUGGAAUGUGAAGCUGCUCAUCGUGGACUCAGACUCGCCGCUCCACAAUGACAUGGUUCAGCUAAAGGAGCGUGAGGGGAUGGACCACAUUCUCUUUAACUUCCACUUCAAGGAGAUGUACCCCUUCGAGCCCCCAUUCGUGCGUGUGGUCCAGCCGGUCAUCAGCGGGGGCUACGUGCUGGUGGGGGGCGCUAUCUGCAUGGAGCUCCUCACCAAGCAAGGAUGGAGCUCGGCCUACACCAUCGAGGCGGUAAUCAUGCAAAUCGCGGCAACGCUGGUCAAGGGCAAGGCUCGCAUCCAGUUCUCGGCACAGAAGUCUGGGAAAAUCAGCGGAAGCAGUAAUCAGGGUCAGUACAGCUUGGCCAGGGCACAGCAAUCGUUCAAGUCCCUCGUACAGAUCCAUGAGAAGAACGGCUGGUUUACGCCCCCUAAGGAAGAUGGGUAAGGAGGCACAGCGGACAACUGCAUAUUAACCUCCAGUCCCUCCCUCCCCCCCACUCCACCCCCUCUUGUCCCCAUCUCCCUGUCAGGCUGUUUUUGUCUGCUCUUCCACCACUGACCCUUCACCACCACCUCCACCACAACCACCACCACCGCCGUCAUCUCAAUGGGCCCCCACCACCACCACCACCACGUACCACCACCACCGCUGCUGUUACCACAUGCAAGACUUUGGAUGUGACCUUCGCCUCUUGGGAUGGUGCAGAGGAGAAGGUCAUUUGGCGUUAGUGAAUGUCCCGGGAUGGAAGUUUUAUUUUAGUACGAUUUACCCUCUUUAUUUUUUUGUUUGUGUCCGAAGCAUUGAUGCGAUACCCGCCCGCCUGCCGACCCGACCUGCGUACCUGGUUGGCCGGUUGAUUGGUCGGGUCACCUUAAUUACGCCCUUACCUGUUCUCAUUUCCUUUUAUUACUGUUGAGUGGUGAUGUAUUUACACUGUGGUCAUUCUCAUGUUAAUUGUACCAGUGUCUUCAAUUGUAUUAUUUUUAUUAUUAUUCCUUUGUUUCUUCAUCCUUCCGAGCGUAAGUCACCACCAUCACUACUAUCAUCAUCAUCAUCAUCACCACCAGAGCAGUUAUCUUCGCGUGCUUAUGUUUAGAAUUAUUUUUUUGCAAGCGUUUCUUCUUCUUUCCUCUUCUCACUCACUCACUCGAACGCUCUACGCUGCGGAAAAGAAAAUACGAAAAAAAAUCCUCGCACUGUAGAUUCUGAAGCACCCAUCACCACCACCACCACCACCAGACACAAAAGCAUCCACAAUUAAAACGCCUGAUAAUUCAAACACUAUUAGUCUUCGUCACCAAUACCACGGCAGAUGUUUGUUUUUUAACCCAUUUUUCAAGGUGCGGUUAGUUCGUUUUCUUAAUUUUUCUUGAAUCACAUUUAACGACUUGAGUUUCAGUUCGUAACGUAUCGACUUAACCGUGAAAGUCCAUUAAUUCUGGCCGACUCCACCCCCUAAAAAGUGGAAUUAGGAAGCCAAAUCAUCCACAUAACUUGAUAAAUGGUAAUAUGAUGUUUGGAAAAUCUACACACACACACACACACACACACACACACACACAGCAAGUCAGUCAGUCAGUCAAGCGUUAGGUCGUCAUUUUAAGAGGUACAGUUGAUGCCAUGUAAUGUAUAGAGAGUGUAGGCUUUUUAAGAGAGGCUCGGGAAGGAAGGCAAGGGAAGGGAUUGGGAAGGAAGGGAAGAGAAGGGAUAGGGAAGGAAGGCAAGGGAAGAGAUUGGGAAGAGAAGGGAUCGGAAAGGAAGGCAAGAGAAGGGAUAGGGAAGGAAGGCAAGGGAAGGGAUCGGGAAGGAAGUGAAGGGAUUGGAAAGGAAGGCAAGGGAAGGGAUCGGGAAGAGAAGGGAUCGGAAAGGAAGGCAAGGAAAGGGAUUGGGAAGGAAGCCAAGGGAAGGGAUCGGAAAGGAAGGCAAGGAAAUGGAUUGGGAAGAGAAGGGAUCGGAAAGGAAGGGAAGGGAAGGGAUUAGGAAGGAAGGCAAGGCAAGAGAAGGGAUAGGGAAGGAAGGCAAGGGAAGGGAAGGGAUAGGGAAGGAAGACAAGGCUCGGUAAGCAAGAAAGGCUAAAGGAAGGGAAGUGUCAGGCUGUCAUGUGUGUCUCAGUGAAGCUUCGUGUCUUGAGUACAUGUCUUGCUGUACUAUAAAAAAAUACACCACUCACUGUCACUGUUACCACCACCACCACCACCAUUGUCAUCACCAUCACCAUCAUUUUUUUUUCUAAGGUAUACUCAUAAGUUUUUCCACUGCACGAAAUUAUAGUCAGCGAUCCUUGUAAUGAAAAAGCCGCCUUAAAACCAGAGUGCUUGCGAUCAGGUUACUAAACAAUUUUAAUGGCAACACGGCUAUCACAUAAGUCACAUUCAGUUAUAAGAAAAAAUAGAAAUAACAGUGCACCAAAUUUUAGGUAUGACCCGACUCUUGUAAUGAAAAAGACGCCUUGAAACCACAGUGCUUACGAUCAGGUUACUAAACAAUUUUAAUGGCAACACGGCUAUCACACAAGCCACAUUCAGUUAUAAGAAAGAAUAGAAAUAACAGUGCACCAAAUUUUAGGUAUGACCCGACUCUUGUAAUGAAAAAGAUGCCUUGAAACCACAGUGCUCGCUAUCAGGUUACUGAACAAUUUUAAUGGCAACACGGCUAUCACACAAGCCACAUUCAGUUAUAAGAAAGAAUAGAAAUAACAGUGCACCAAAUCAUAGUUCGGACCCGAUUCUUGUAAUGAAAAAGAUGCCUUGAAACCACAGUGCUUGCUAUCAGGUUACUAAACAAUUUUAAUGGCAACACGGCUAUCACACAAGCCACAUUCAGUUAUAAGAAAGAAUAGAAAUAACAGUGCACCAAAUCAUAGUUCGGACCUGACUCUUGUAAUGAAAAAAACGCCUUGAAACCACAGUGCUUGCUAUCAUGUUACUAAAUAAUUUUAAUGGCAACACGGCUAUCACACAAGCCACAUUCAGUUAUAAGAAAGAAUAGAAAUAACAGUGCACCAAAUCAUAGUUCGGACCCGAUUCUUGUAAUGAAAAAGAUGCCUUGAAACCAUUGUGCUUGCUAUCAGGUUACUCACUGAACAGUAAUGACAACACGGCUAUCACGAGCCACAUUCAGUUAUAACAAAGAAUAGAAAUAACAGUUACGUUAUAUCACAUCAGGAAUAACCAGCAGCAGAUAGACUUGCUACAUGAACCACUUGAAGACAACUCCCUUUGCAAGAUUUAUAGGUUAGUUUUACAAGACACAACAGACAACACGGCUAUCACAUAAGCCACAUUCAGUCAUAACAAAGAAUAGAAAUGACAGUUACGUUUUGUCACAUCAGGAAUAACCAACACAAGAUAGACUUGCUACAUGAACCACUUGAGCAAAACUUAACCUUGCAAGACUUAUAGGUCAGUUUUCUGAGACACUUUCACUCCUCACAGCAAUUAUUUCUAAGGGUCAACGAAGGGGUCAGUCGGGUUGUAAUGAGAGUUUCUUCAGGUUCACGGCACAGAGGAAGGGUCACACUACCACCAGGGUCAUAAAACUACUACUGGAAAUGCCCACGACUCCUACAAAAGCCUUGUCAAAUGUGUGUUCUUGAGCGGCGAAAUGUCUUAUAAACGUGUCUUCAAAAAAGGGGAAAAAAUUUGCUAUGUGAAUAACUUACUUCUUGCACUACCACCAGGGUCUUAAAACUAGUACUGGAAAUGCCCACGACUCCUACGAAAGCCUUGUCAAAUGUGUGUUCUUGAGCGGCGAAAUGUCUUAUAAACGUCGGUCUUCAAAAAAAUGGGGAAAAAUUAGCGAUGUGAAUAAGUUACUUUUUGCACUACCACCAGGGUCUUAAAACGACUACUGGAAAUGCCCACGACUCCUACGAAAGCCUUGUCAAAUUUGUGUUCUUGAGCGGCGAAAUGUCUUAUAAACGUGCCUUCAAAAAAGGGGAAAAAAUUUGCUAUGUGAAUAACUUACUUCUUGCACUACCACCAGGGUCUUAAAACGACUACUGGAAAUGCCCACGACUCCUACGAAAGCCUUGUCAAAUGUGUGUUCUUGAGCGGCGAAAUGUCGGUCUUCAAAAAAUGGGAAAAAAUUAGCGAUGUGAAUAAGCUACUUUUUGCACUAUAAGAUCAAUACCACAGCAAAUUAACUACAUCAUCGACAGGUAGCAAGAAAUAGUUAAAAAAAAAGCCAUUACAGAAAAAAGUAUCACAAAAUCCAUUACUUUUUGCAUUGUUUAGGCUGGAAAAAGUCCCUGAUUCGCAUAUAUCAAUUAAAAGGCAACAGCAGAUAGGCUUCUCUACAUCAUAAACAGUAAGAGAUUCAAACUUUAAACCUCUAAUAAUUACAAGAUCAUUUUUUCACUACUUAGAAUGAAUGUAAACAGUCUAUCCCUAUCCUUCUCCAUGGCUGUCGUUCUUUUCAUUUCCUAUCCUCAUUUUCCCUCAUAAUCAAUACUGCACACAAUUCAUAUAUACACCAUGAAUUCAACACAGUGGACAAUGCUACACGGUUAAUUGGAACAUAUUUAUUACAUGUUUUCAUUUCGACAUUUAUAGAUAAGGGAUUUUUGUUUUGUGUCACGUAGAGACGGAGACUGAAGCAAGACUUGAUUUUUGUUUUUGUAUAUUUUGUGAUGGAAUUAUGAAAAGGGUGAGUUGAGUUGAGCCUAAACCUACACAUGGCUGGGUUGUUUUAUGUUAGUAUUUUGGUCGAUGAUAAAAAUAAAGGUCGAAAACAUGGCGUUGGUUGUUAGUGGUCUUCAUGGCAAUGGUCAUUUUGUCUAUCUUUAUUUUUCUUUUCCUUUUUUUCUUGAACUUAAACAUGGCAUCGGUGUUAGUAGUCUUUACGGCAAGUCUUUUUUGUAUUUUUUUUUCUUCUUGAACUGCAUCAUUACCAACACAAAAAAAACAUUUGUAUACUCAUAACUUCACAUAGCUUGAACCACCACCAAAUAACACUUCUCAGGUACAUGAAGUGGGCGAGGAAGCUUACACAUUCAGAGCCUAAGCUUAUGUAAUCCAAUCCCAAGUUUAUGCAUUCAAAUCCUAAGCUUCAUAUUCUGAUCCUAAGAGAUUGCAUAUUCAGAUCCUAAGCUUGCAUAAUCCAAUCCCAAGUUUUUUAUGCAUUCAAAUCCUAAGUUUCCAGGUUCAGAUCCCAAGUUUUAAGUGUCAUCUUCAAAUUCCAUGUUUCAUAAUCCGAUCCUAAGUUUACAUAUUCAUAUCCCAAGUUCAUAUCCCAAUCCUAAGUUCACAGGUGCAAAUCCCAAGUUCAUAUGCCAAUCCCAAGUUUACAUAUUCAAAUCCCAAGUUCAUAUCCCAAUCCAAAGUUUACAUAUUCAAAUCCCAAGUUCAUAUCCCAAUCCUAAGUUCACAGGUUCAAAUCCCAAGUUCAUAUCCCAAUCCUAAGUUCACAGGUUCAAAUCCCAAGUUCAUAUUCCAAUCCAAAGUUUACAUAUUCAAAUCCCAAGUUCAUAUCCCGAUCCUAAGUUCACAGGUUCAGAUCCCAUCACGAGACGCCACCAAGAGCUCACAAACGCACUCACCCACAAACGCACUCACUCGUAAAUCACUCACGUUUUACGAUAUCUCAUUUCCGCUUCCGCUGUUUCCUAUUUUUUUUCUCAUUUUUAUUCUCCCAUGUGUUAUUGUAGGUUCGUAGAUGUUCGUUCCUCUCAGUAUGUGUUUGUUCGUGCGUGUGUGAAAGGUGGGGUGGGGAGGGGGCGGAAAGAGGUGGUUGGUUGGCUCUGGGUUCGUGUGUGUUUGUAUGUCUGUGAGUGCGUGACUUGUGAGAGUAGUGAUAUUAUGGAGUUCUUUAUUUUCAUUACGUUUCUGUCGCUCUUAUGACGUGUGUGUGAAUUAUGCUACGGGAGGAUCUAGCGUGUGUGAUCGAGAGAGAGCGAGAGAGAGGACGGCUACCAUUAAUACUGCUUAGUGUGAGAACCUUGACAGACCCACGGAGAGAGCCUCUUUAACAUAAUUACCUUUGGCGGUCUGCACAGGUGACAGCAGCUUCAUUGUCGGAGCGAUCCACGUUACUGCGAGUCUAAUGUUGGCGUGUCGUUAUUAUAAUGGACAUUCCGGCAAAUGGUAAUACAAUGGCCUUUAAAGUGAGCUACUGUGUACAUAUAUAUAUAAAUAUAUAAAUAUACAUACCUUUAGGCAUCAUUUUUGUUGGACUGUAUAAAACAACUCAUGAUGAAAGCCAAGUGUUUGCCCAACCCUGUAAGAAUUGUCAACACUCCUAUUGCCAGUUUUUGUUUAUUUACUUCUGCAUGAAGACUUGCUACGUACUAAGAGUGUUCGGGAGGCCGAGGCUGCGCGAUUAGCAGGGCCGCGCGGAGGCCGGACGCAAGGGACAAGGCUGUGGAAGGAGGGGAGUGUGUGCGUUGACCUGUGGCUGUGUUGGUAUCACUGUGUUGUUGGGACGUACACCCCAGGGCACCCCAGGAGGAGACGAGAGCAUGUGUGUGUACCUGGACGGACACAUGAACGGGACAUGAUGUGCUGUGUGUGUGUGGCUGUGUUGAUGUCAUGAGCGGUCACCGUUUACCCCGCAGAGCACCACAAGAGGAGAGAAGAACUUGUGUAAAGAAAUCAAAUAAAAACAAUUCAAUACGCUAUAAGAAAACACGUCAUAGAGUGAAGAAGGGCCAUGUGCUUGUGUUGUCGCCAGAAUGCACACAUACUGAAGAGAUGGGAUGAUGGACAAUUCACCGUUGAGAACAUGUGUCUUGGAGUUCAGUGAAGAAGAAGAGCAUUAUGUCGUACAGGGAGUAACACACAACCUCUUACAAUGUCUGGACGAGAGCCAGAGCUGUCUGUCGGGAGCAACAUACAAGCCUUACAACACAUAGCGAAGAACAAGGAACCCAGCACAGCACACAUGACUUAAAUACGAGUGAACGAGAAACAACGCAACACAACACACAGAAGACGUAAUGCAUACUGAACAAUCGCCAACGUAACAAACUAUACUUAACAAUACUUAGUGAAGGAGGAAUAUCACAACCCAACACACACAAGGUUCAAGGCAUAGGAACCUGACGCAUGACCUCGGAAAAUGCGUAACCUAACUUAACCUAGCCUGGGGUGUCAAAAGGAGGAGAUUAACAUGCAUACCAGCCUUACGAUGCAUUGCGAACCAGGAACGUCACACAACACAUGCAAAGGCGACCAGGGACAUGACCUGAGAAUACUUGACCUAGGGUACCACAAGGAGGUUCGUGGUCCCAGACUUGAUCUUGGGAUACCACGAGAAAGUAAACAGUUCCAAGAUGACACGAUUCAACCUCAUCCGUGACCUGCCCUGCCCACCACUACCCCCUCCGCCCACCACCAAUGACCUCCGACCGACAGACAGACACAGACGCCCCGGCCCACACGCUGUACAUAAUACCCUGUUCCGUGUCGCUCCUCCACUCACUCGAACACUUACAUCAUGUUAUAAGCGUGUAAGUGGUCCAUUGCGGCGGGAGUUCUGAUGUCGGUGCUGCCGCUGCUGCUGUGUGUGUUGGGGGCGGCCAGCGAGCAGUCCAAGGGUGAUCUACUAUGGAAUGUAUGAAAGUAUUAAAUAUAAAUAAAAACGGAUAAAGUGC